CAAAAAUGUUGUAUAAAAUCGUAUUUACCUUAAUGGUGUUGAGUUGCUUAGAUAAUGUUCUGUUGGCAAAAAAGCGUCGCAACAUAAUUUUUCACAAUGUCACCUGUAUUUGUUUGACUGAUCUGGUAAAACAAUCGGCUUGUGACAUUCGCCAGUUGACGAAUGGACGCUAUGGCUUAAAUGCCAUGUUUGAACUGACACACCAACUGCCAGCGACUGCAGAUGUUGAAAUUUUGUUAACCUACAAACUUCCCAGGGGCUCAAGGGUGGUUAAAUUUAUCAAUCUGAAGCUAAGGAUAUGUGAUGUCUUGGUACAUUUGCCCACUGUGCCAUUGGUUAAAGAAGUGCUAAUUGGCUUGUCGCGUUACAGCAAUUUGCCCUUGUCGUGUCCCGUUAAAGAGAACAAAAUGUACAAUGUGACAAAUUUAAUUAUAAGCGACUCCGUAUGGCCUCCCUAUAUGCCAUUGGUGAAUUUUAAUUUCACUCUGAACUUUACCAAUCUUAAAAAACUGCUGUACACAUAUGACUUGAGGGGAUCGGUGGUACAAAUCUAAAAACUGAAUGGCUGGAAAUUAAAGUGGAUUAAGGAUUAAUGGUGUUAUAUGCAACAAAACAGG